AGCCUCACAGCCUCCCUCAGUCCGACCAGACCCAGAACAGGCCUCCUAGACCUCCUAGACCUCCUGGAUCUACUUGACCAGUACCCCCAGAGCAGUCCGCCUAGAGCUACUGGAUCUACCGGAUCUACUAGAAAUACUGGAUCUACCGGACCCCGUCUACAAGACCAGACCGGACUACAUGAAAACCUGAGAAGACCAGACUAGAGGAGACCAGACCAGACUAGAGGAGACCAGAUACAGCCUCCAGGAUGCAAGCUCUGGGAGGAAUGCUGGUGGUUGUGGUUCUACUGGUCAGAACCCAGUGUGAGGUCCGGGCCAGAGACCCUGGGGAGGAGGGGGGGGUGGGAGGAGGAGGAGGAGGAGUAGGAGGAGGUGGAGGAGGAGCAGGAGGAGGUGGAGGAGGAGCAGGAGGAGGUGGAGGAGGAGCAGGAGGCUGGGAGCAAAAAGAGCUCCUGUUGGAGGACCUCCUGACUGGGCCAGAAACCACCCGGCCUCCUGGUUCAGAACCUCAGAGACCCCCAGGGACAAUCGCCUCGCGCACAGGGAACUGGUGUGCGUUCGUCCAGCAGCGGGUGGUGCCGACGACGGUGAAGUGCGAGACAGAGAAAUACACCAUCAGGACCCCCUGUCCUCCUGAGACCCCCAACUGUCAGCUCGUCAUGGUGCAGGCCCCCAGCCGGCCGGUCUACCGGCAGCAGCAGCACGUGUUCACUGCCCUCCAGUGGCGCUGCUGUCCCGGACACAACGGACCUCACUGCCGGGACGCAGAUGAGCAAAACGACACACAGUCUCCAGCACCACAACAUGACCCUCGGAACCCACAACUUCACCAUGGCAACCAAGACUCUCGGGACCCACAACUUCACCAUGGCAACCAUGACCCUCGGGACCCAAAACUUCACCAUGGCAACCAUGACCCUCGGAACCCAGAACUUCACCAUGGCAACCAUGACCCUCGGACCCCAGAACUUCACCAUGGCAACCAUCACCACACAAACGGAGCCCAUAGUUCUGACCUCCAAAACGAGGCCGCUCUGGUCCCGGCGGUGGCGGCGCUGGUCCUGGCUCAGCUGAACCCGGCCCUGGAGGCAUUCAACCGCUCCCUGCUCCUUCUGGAGCGGCGAAUGGGGGAGCUAGCCCAGGAACUGGCCCCUAGGAGCCCUGAGGGAGAGAGGGAGCCGGCCCGGGACCAGGCCCCGAGACCCGAGGCAGGGAGCCGGCUGGAGGAGGUGCAGGAGGUGCGCCAGCUGCUGGACAGCCACCGCAACGCGGUGUAUGAGCAGCUGAACUCCCAGCAUGCAACGCUGCAGGCCAACCUCGGCAGCCUCAGAACAGAAGUGAACUUGAAGCUCCAGCGCAGCGAGGAGAUGAUACAGACCAGCAUCCAGGGCCUGAACGCCUCGCUGGUGGACCUCUGUGGCCCCCACGGACUGGGGGAGGGGGCCAGGUGCCAGGAGCAGGGGGGAGGAGCCAGGGGCCAGGAACCCUCCCCCAGCCCUGCCAAGGAACCAGCCUGGACCAAACAUCUCAACACUCAGGUCAAGCUGAGCGCCCUCGAGGAGGACGUGGAGGAGGACCGCCGCUCGCUGGGGGCCCUGAGGCGCCGCCUGGGGGAGCUGGAGGAGCAGAUCUCCCAGACGGGCCGGGAGAGCCAGAUGAAGUUCAUGGAGACCGGUCUGGACGUGGAGGCCGCCCGCGAGGUGGUCCUGGGCCAGCUCAGGGAGCUGGAGGGGAACCUCAGCUCGGCCGCGCAGCAGGCGCAGGACCGCGACAACGACGUGGACUACCUGUUCAAGGUGCUCUACAACUGCACCGCCCUGAGGCACGAGGUGGCCCGCCUGGAGAGGGACGUGGCCAACCUCACCCAGCUGGUCGAUGUGAAGCAGCCGGCCCCGGAGGAGGGGGCCGAGUGGGCGUUACCGGUGAAGGAGCUCCAGCUGGGCCUGCAGCAGGUGCAGGACGCCCUGGUCCUGGAGCGCGGCACCGGCGAUCUGGAGGAGAGGAUGCGGCGCCUGUCCAGCUCCUUCGGCUCUCUGCUGAAGGACGCCGGCCGGAACAGCGAGGUGCUGGAGGUACUGCUGGGGGAGGACGUGCUGGAGUUCCUCCGCCGGCCCCCCGCCUACCAGGAGGCGCUCUCCAUCCCCGGCCUCAAGGAGCAGAUCAGGAGCCUCAACCACAGCCUCACCGCGCUGCACAGAGACAGAGCAGAAUCUCUGAUGGCGGACCAGCCCCUUCCGGCAGAGGGGGGGGUGAGGAGCAGUAGCCACGCCCCCCUCAGGGAGCAGCAGAUCCUCACGGCUCCUGACCCCGCAAACAGAGGAGGAGCCCUGGAGAAGGAGGUGGAGGAGCUGGAGGUCAGGGUCCAGGCCCUGGAGGAGCAAGGGGGAGGAGCGCAGGAGGAGCAGCUCCAGCAGGAGGUGCUGUGGUUGAGGAGGGCGGUGGAGGAUCAUCUGCGGCUCUUUAAGAAGGUCUUCAGACAGGCUGAGACCCUGGAGGACUCCCACCGGACCCUGGACCUGCAGGACCUCUGGACCCUGAGCCAGGACCCCCGCAGAGAGAGGAGGAGAGGGGGAGAGAGGAGGGGAGAGAAGGACGGACAGAAGGACGGAGAGGUUAGAAGAGAAGCCCUCCAGGGCAGGAGGGACCCCAAAGCAACUGCACCCCGGCCUCAGAGCAGUCCACUGCUCCUGGCAACCGGUCUCCUUGGCGACGGGCGGUACCUGGGGUUCAAAGCGUCUCUGAACGUGGGCGGAGAUUACUCAGAGACGUCCGGGCGCUUCACGGCGCCGCAGACCGGACUCUACCUGCUGCUGCUGACCCUUGACCUAAGGCCGGGCCACACCCACCUGCUGCUGAGGAGGCGGUCCGGGACGGAGCUGCACCUCCUGCAGGAGGAGGUGAAGGAGGGGGCCGGAGCGCUCUCCUUCCUCCGUCUGCUGCAUCUGGAGGAGAAGGAGUGGCUCUCUGUGGAGCUGAGAGCAGGAGGACUGCUGGACCCCAGCAGCACCGCCCUGGCAGUGCUGCUGCUGCACUAGCGCCCCUGGUGGUCACUAUGUAGCACUGCUGCACUAGCGCCCCUGGUGGUCCCUAUGGAGCACUGCUGCACUAGCGCCCCUGGUGGUCACUAUGUAGCACUGCUGCACUAGCGCCCCUGGUGGUCCCUAUGGAGCACUGCUGCACUAGCGCCCCUGGUGGUCACUAUGUAGCACUGCUGCACUAGCGCCCCUGGUGGUCACUAUGUAGGAAUGCUGCCCAAGUUACACCUGAGGGGAAUUGAACUGUCAACCCUUCAGCUGGAGAUUUCCACCAAUGUAAAUCAUUUGUAUAUGAAAUAACGAGUUAUAUAAAUAUGUGAUACAUAUAUGUAGAAAAAAAAAAGAUUUACAUUUUAAUAAAAACAAAUUAACAAAUAAGUCUCUUCUGAAAACGUUCUUCCUGGUGAAUGUCGAAGAAGAACUGGAAACAGAGCUGAUGAGGCAGAACCAACACCUUCCUGUAGAGCAGACCUGAGAUCAGUCAGAGGGCUGGAUGCGUUACCAGACCCGGGAUCAGACUGGAUACGUUACCAGAACUGAGAUCAGACACUAUUCCAGAGCCAUUUGUGUUUUUUUUCUCCUGGGUCUCUGGAGACUGAAGUCCUACCACCAGCCACUGGGCGAGACCAGUAGGACCAGUCUUUAGGGUUCGGUCUAACCAGAGGUCAAAAUGGUUUAGUGAGCGGUGAGACAGGUACUCAGGUGAGACACGUUAGAGCAGUGAGACGGGUGGAAGAAACAGGCUCACACAGAUGUGUAGUGUACUAAAAUAAGGUUAUUUACUUAAAAAUGGAUACAUUGGACAGACUGAAUACAGAGGUGUCUUCUGGGUAAACGUAUAAGACACCCCCCUGUACCGAGGAUCAGGAGAGAGGAGAACAAACACCUCCCAGACAGCUCCUCUCUCACCAGCUACACAGCCUACAUGUGCACACUGGCAUGCAUGCAAACAUGUACUGCUAUGCUAAAGCUAGUAUACAAAUACAUAUGUACUGCUAUGCUAAAGCUAGGAUACACUUACACAUGUAAUGCUAUGCUAAAGCUAGGAUACGAACACACAGGAACUGCUAUGCUAAAGCGAGGAUACGAACACACAUGUACUGCUAUGCUAACGCUAGGAUACAAUACAUUACGUUGUUUAAUACACGGCACGGAUUAAACAGAAAGAAUCACAUCAAGUUACACAUACAGCAAGUUAGCAGGAAGUUACAUCACUUCCUGUAACACACAGGUGAUGCUAGGGUCUAAGGUCAUCUAUGUACACUGAUCAAUAUGGCCGGACUGACGCCCCUAUCACACAGAGGGGCGUGGUCUCAUGGAUAAUAGGUGUGGCAUCAUGGUGGGGGCGUGGC